AUGGAGACGCCGACAGUGCCCAUCAACUUUGUCCCCGCAAAGGCGGGCGAGACGUUCAAGGUUGGCACCAUCACCAUCCGAAUCAUGGAGGAUGGCUCGAGAACCGGUUCGUUGUCUCUGUUUGCCACGGUUCUUGCGUUUGCGAGCGACCUGACCUUGCUCACUUGUCGGCAGAUACACGACGAAAGCUUCCUCGUCACGCAGGGCACGCUGCGGUUCCACGCACUCAACGGGCAGACGGUCGACGCCAAGCUGGGCGACUACGUGACGGUGCCGCCGCGGUCGCCGCACACGUUCAGCAAUCCCUACGACCAAGAGGCCAAGUUCUUCAACACGUACACGCCGGCCUUCUACAUCAACUACUUCCGCCUGCUGGCCACCAUGAACGAGCAGGGCCAGCCCAUGAAUCCCGAGGCGAAUCGGAAAGCCAUGGGCUAUUUCGCCACCAUUGGCGUCGCCGACGACGAGAUGCAAAUGGACAAACAGCAGUUCUACGGCGAUGCGGAUCCGACCGCGAAGAAGUGA